CAGUGCGAGACGUACGCCUGAGCCGGAGGGGCCCCCGCCCGGCCCGCGAGACUCAACCUAGUGACCGGUCCGGUAUAGUUCACCCAGGCCGCCCAGGGACUACGCGGGGACGCGACGAGACGGGACGCCACAUGGCGCGGUCGGCGCAACUUGUGGCUCUGGGUCUGCUGUCGUGCGUGACCGUGGGCGCCGCCUUCCAGUCCGACCUCCAGAGCCUUUACCUCCUGGGGACGCCCCUGUCCAGCUCGAGGUCCAUUCCGCCCCGGGGCCAACGCGCUGGUGCCCUCGGCCGUCGGAACAGAGAGCAGCAGCAACAGCAGCAGCAGCAGCAGCAGCAGCAGCAGCAGCAGCAAGACACUCCACUCAGGAUCGUCUCCGACCUGGACCUCGCCAACAUCCCCGUGCGCUAUCGAAGUGCGGAGCACAUCCUGGCCGAGAGGCAAGAGGGCCUGCUGGACCGGGGCCGGCACGCACCGGACGGUGCGGGUGACCUGGCGAAGAACGAUGGCUCCGCCGACGACGCCCAGGGGGACGUCAAGGGCGACUCCGAAGACGACCUUCAGAACAACGCCUACCAUGUUGACAGGGACGAACGCAGGAAUAGGCACAGGAACGAACGCAGGGACGACCACGGAGACGUGGAGGAAGACGACGACGUCGUCGACGACGACGACGACCACGGCGCUGAUGCGCGACGAAACGGGGCUGCGACAAAUGCUAGGGUGAAGAAAAACUACGACGAUGACAACGAGGACUAUGCGCUGGACGAGGACUACGAUGAGGACGAGAUGGCCGCGGCCGCGGCCGCCAACACCUACGGCCACUCCUUCCAGGAGGAUGCUGAGGCCGAGGCCCGCCCCUUCUGGCACCACCCGUGCGGCCGCAGCGUCGACCUGGUCAUCGCCAGCCCCAAGGCCACCAGUGGUCGCUCGGCCAAGUCCGUCGCCAGAAAGAUCAACAGAGCCCUGGCGCGGGUGUGGCGGCAGCUCAACAUGACCGUGCUUCACUACAAGCUGCAGCGAUUUGACAAGCUCUACUACCAGGUUAUUAUUGGUGUGAACGAGAAUGACUAUAUCCCGAGUUGGGUACCUUCCAAGGAUGACCUACCAGAACUCGGUGGAGAAAAGUUGGAGCCACACAAGCUGGCGAACGAACUAGCGCGCAUGCAUACGCAGCUCCAGAAGUUCUCCGUCGCGCUCGAACAGAUGUCCGAGGACAAUCGACUGGACAACCCAAUGCGGCAUAACGCGUUGUCCGAGACUAAGAAACACGUCAAGUUGCUACUGUGCGAGGUGGAGUGGGCGCUGCUGUCGUUGACCAUCCCGCUGCCGCUGGCCGUGCCGAGGAAGAUCAUGUCACCCUCAGAGCGCAACAUCACCGACGACACAAACCGCGAGAUACGCGACUGGGGCGUCCUAAUCAAGUACCGUGACUUCCUGCACGGAUGGUCCAACGUGGUGGCGCAGGCGGACCGCUCCGCGCGCUCCCGACGCAGCUCACUGAGUGCCCAACCCUUGGCUCGGCCCUCGGCCCGACCCUGGAGGCUUUGGGGCCCGUGGGGCUUGUGGGGGAGUCAGGGCGACGAGGAGAGAGAGACGGCGGCAGGAGAGGGUCACUCGGCCGGGCCCGGGCGGGGAUGGGCCAGGCCGACAAGACACGACCACGGCCAUGCUGGCAGUGCGGGCGGCAGCCGGGCAUGGAGGAGCUGAUAGAACGGUACCGCCACGAGUCGGCACGCCUUCAUCCGCCCCGUAUUCUAGACCUUCAUCCAACACCCACGAUAAUUCAAAUGAAUGAAGAGACACGAUGACGCCUUACACGGUUUUACUCACCUGAUCAGAGAUCUGCCAUAUCAUUUAUAUUUUUCAUGUAGUUGGAGCGGGAGGGGGUUGAUGAAGGGAAAUUUCAGAAUCUUAUCUAGUCAAAUGUUUAUCGAGUCAUAGCUAUAUCAAAGUUAAUUUUCAAUCUAGUGUAUCUUGUUACAUUCCAACCAUUAAUGAGUAUUUGUAGUUGACAUGUAUUUAUUUAUUUAUU